AUGUCUUCACCACCGCGCGACGGCGGCGGCGGGUACUCCUCGUCGCCGAUAUCCAUCCGCAAUGGCUCGCCUGUUCUUCGCAAGAAACAGAGCAUGAGCAGCAGCGACUUCAGCGACCUCGCCCAGCGAGCGCGCCAUUCGCCUCCUCUCGGGCGCUCCUUCGACCCGAACGACCCGUCUAUGCGCGAGCGGCAGAGAACACUGGACGUCGAUAUGGCUAUGCAAAUGGCGCUUGCUCGGCGGGAGACCAUCUCAUCUAUGAACUCGCCCUUCGAUCAGCCUGGUGGCGAGGGGGAGCACCCACCGUUUCCAUCCAUGAUGCUUUCACCGCAGGAGCAACACGAGCUUAAUAUGGCGCAAGGGCAAGGUGCGCUGGCGGACAAUGGCGAGGAGGCUGGGGACUCUGCGGCGCCGAAGCGCGAGGACUCACUUCUCGACCUGCGCGAGCAGCACCUCCACACGACCCAGGACCCGGACCUCCUUGUCUCAACGUCUACGACUCCCCAAGCACAUCACGACUAUCCCGAAACCCUAUCCACCGCCUUUGGUCUACCCAAGUACCAAGCGGCUACGACUGUCACAGACCCCUCGCAGUUCGACUUCACGCACCUGGAAGACUUCUGCGCUAAUGAGCGCUCGUUGCUCAGCCCUGGUUCUCCCCGCCCCGUCUUCAGCGACCCCUUCCCCAAGCGCGACGCCGAUAAUGCGGGUGCAGGCGUUGGCGAGGCCUCCACAUCGGGCGCACCUCCCGCAUCUGGCCCGCCUCCCCCUCCUGCUGAGGACGCCGUCACUGACCCAGGCCCGGCGGCCGUCCGCCCAACUGCACGUCAUCGUAAGCUCAGUCAGAGCAACACGCCGCGACCGCACAGGAAGGGCAUCGGAGGCAAGAUGGCUGUCUUCGAGGGCGCAGCCGAACCUUCAUCCUUCUCUAAUCGCCUCAACAAUAUCUUAUCCGGACGCGCGGCCGACGCCGAGCAGUCCGACAAUAAUACCCGCGCUCCACCUCCCGGUAUACUCACUACUGGGCACGACCGACCGUACCGUUUCUCGUUCUACUCCAACGCUCUGAACGCGACUAUCCACGCUCGCUCUCUAAGCGAGCUACCUGCGGAGGGGCAGUCCUUCCAGGACCUCUUCUCAGGAGUGCCCGCGCCUCAACAACGGGACCGUCCAAGCUCUUUCUCCUCCACCGACAAGCGCCCAUCACGGUUGCGACACCCCAUGGCGCUGACGAACGACUCCGAGGCCAACACCUGGUGGCUGGACGUGAUGAACCCGACGGACGAGGAGAUGCGGAUACUAAGCAAGGUGUUCAGCAUCCACCCGCUCACGACGGAGGAUAUCCAGAUGGAGGAAGCGCGCGAGAAGAUCGAGCUUUUCCGAAAUUACUAUUUGGUCUGUUUCCGCUCGUUCGACCAGGACCCGUAUAGCCCGACCCACCUUGAGCCGUUGAACAUGUACAUUAUCGUGUUUAGGGAAGGGACGCUCUCGUUCCACUUCCGCCCGACACCGCACCCGCAGAACGUACGAAGGCGAAUUAAGCAGCUCAAGGACUACAUCUCGGUCACAUCCGACUGGAUAUCCUACGCGCUCAUCGACGACAUCACCGAUGCCUUUGGCCCUCUCAUCCAGAACAUUGAAUAUGAGGUCGACUCCAUCGACGAGCUCGUGCUCAUCUUGAAGGAAGCGGAGCAGAGCGACAUGUUGCGGCGGAUUGGGACGUGCAGGAAGAAGGUCAUGGGUCUUUUGAGACUCAUGGGCAACAAGGCGGAUGUCGUAAAGGGUCUUGCGAAGCGGUGCAAUGAGAACUGGAGGGUGGCACCGACGUCGGAUAUUGGUCUCUACCUCUCGGAUAUUCAGGACCAUCUUAUCACCAUGACGCAGAACUUGAACCACUACGAGAAGAUCCUCUCGCGGUCGCACUCGAACUACCUCGCCCAAAUUUCUAUCGAGAUGACCGACGCGAACAACCAAAUCAACGAUGUGCUGUCCAAGCUCACUGCUCUGGGUACUGUGCUCAUCCCGAUGAACUUGGUUACUGGUCUAUGGGGAAUGAAUGUGAACGUUCCUGGUCAGGAAUCACCGGUACGUCUUCUGUCCUUUCUCGCGUGUACCAUAUAA